AUGGGAAAUUCUGGAUCACCCUCUCACGCUUGGACUCGCUUGAACACGAGUAUACAAAUGGCCAUGUUACAAGGUCAUCGUUGUUUGCAUUCAACCAUAUUUCGUUUAUCACAACAUAUAACACAAACACGUAAUCUAUCGUCAAGUUCACCGCUGCAAAUAGCCAUAAAUAAAUUACUUAUUCAUCGACAUCCACUACAUUGUCCAAAAUCAUCUUCCCUUAAGUUUCCUCCAUCUUACAUUAUUUAUCGAUAUGAAUCAUCCUCGAAGCAGGAAAAAGAACAACAUGAAAAAAAUCAGAAAGCACAUGAAAGUGGCUCUUCACCUCCGUCAUCAGAUGAACAGCAAAAGAAGAGCAAUGCAACAAAUUUAAUUUAUUUAGCCGGUGCUAUAACCGGUAUUGGAGCACUUUAUUCCUUGGCAAAAGAUAAAGGGCUCGAUGCAAAUGUAAAAUCGGCACUUGAAAAAACGACUGAUUCAGAUAAGGAAAAAGUAUCGAAAUCCCUAUUAGAAAAAGUUCAUACGGUAACACAACGACAUGAUCAAGCUGAUCAACAGGAUGAUUCGAAAAUUUCAAUAGAAAAUCUAACACCUGAUAUUCCAAAUUUUGCCCAGUAUUUAAUUAUUGGUGGUGGCACAGCCGCAAUGUCAGCAUUUAAAUCAAUUCGAGCUCAUGAUGCAACAGCAAAAGUACUAGUACUAGCAAGUGAAAAUCAUAUGCCCUACAUGAGACCACCAUUAUCCAAAGAAAUGUGGUAUUCAGAUGAUGAAGAACUUACACAAAAACAUUCGUUUAAACUAUGGAAUGGACAAGAAAAAAGUAUUUAUUUUCUUGAUGAUGAAUUUUAUACAGAUGCGAAAACAUUACAUAAACAAGAAAAUGGAGGGGUGGCUGUUGUAACGGGCAGAAAAGUUGUUGAAUUGGAUUUAAGAAACAGUGUAGCCAAAUUAGAUAAUGGAUGGGCAAUAACAUUUGAAAAAUGUUUAAUAGCCACUGGUGGAGAACCAAAAAAUAUGAAAAUAUUUCAACGACUGUCUGGAGUAUUACAAAAAAAAAUUACAUUAUACAGAGGUAGAAGCAAAAAAGAAGAUUUGGACACUGAAUAUGAGAAAGAACGAAAGAAAAUACUUAGUGAUAGUAGUAAAACAUGUGUUCAAUUAUUAUAUCAUAUUGAACGUAUACUCGAUACUAAUGGUUGUCCAAAACAUUCAAAAUUGUUUCUAAAUGAUCUAGUAAAACCAAUGUAUACAUCUUAUCAACAAGAAUAUGAUGAUAAAUCGAUAACAUCACCAUCGAGUACAACAACAACAACAACAGCAAUAUUUACUAAUAUGAAUUUAGAAUUAGAUGAAUCAACAUUUGAUAUUGCCGAUGGUAUUGCCAGUUAUUUAACUGAUAAUACUCAAACAUCAUUAACACAAAAUCAUUUAUAUAGACAAAAUUCAAAUUCGAGUCAUAGUUCAAAUUCAACAAUUGUUAAUCAUAAUAAUCAUCAUUCAUCAACAUCAUUUACACAACAUUUUCAAUUUAUUUUAAAUGCUGGUACAUCAGCUUCAGCUCGAAUUACAGAAGAAACAAUUACAUAUUUAAAUCAGGGACAACCAUAUGAAAUCAAAUUUCAUGUCAAUAAUAAUCAAAAACAAAAAUUAACAUCGAUAAAUGUCACAAAUACUCAACCAACAACUUAUCGAAGUAUUAUACGUCUCUGUUUUUGGGAUAAAUAUUUUCAAUUGAACGAAAUUGAACAUAUUAAAAAAUGGUUACGUGAAUAUAAUUCAACAAGUUUAUUCGAUAUUGAUAUGAAUUUAACAUAUGGUAUAUUGAAUUUAAUUAAAUCUCAUUCAAUACAAAAUGCUCUAGAAAUUGUCUGGGAUAAUUUACAACAAACAUCAUUAUUUAUUCGUUUUAAAUGUACAUCCACCGAUUUUACAUCAAAACGACAUGGUGGUGAAAAAGGUAUACCAUUACGAUUACAAAUUGAUACCUAUGAAACUAUUGAAGAACAAAAUACAAAUGAUAAUAGUAUUAGUGAACGUCCAAAACAUGUACACUCAUGUUGUUGUAAACUUCAAUUAUUUCGUUUAAAAGGUGCACAACGUAAAAAUAAAUCAGAUAAAAUUAAAAUUGAAAAAUUAAAUAUUGAACAACGUCGACGUUAUCAUACUGCUCUAGACUAUACAAUUAUACAACAAUGUCCAGUAUCUUCUCUUUAUACUCUUGAUUUACUAUCACACUCUCAUUCACCAAAUGAUUUAGGUAUUUAUUCACAAACUAUUGAACAACAACAACAACAACAAAAUAAUUCAAUAAUAACAGAACAAACGAUAGAUCAAACAAAGAAAGAUGUAACGAAUAAUAGUGAAAAUGAUGAUCUAACCAAUGUUGUUCUCAAACGACAUACAUCUGAUUCAUCAAUCGAACAAACAUUAACAUUAGACAAUUUUACUACUACUACAUAUAAUUGUAGUCCAUCUACAUCAUCAUCAUCACCUUUAAUAAUGUCAGCAUCUUUACCAAAUAUGAAACAAUUAUAUUGUUCAUCACCCGUUCAAUCUCAACAAUUAUAUUGUCCAUCAUCCGUUCAAUCUCAACAAACUAUUCAAAUAAUUACAACAUAUUCAACAAGUGAUGAUGUUCAAAAAUGGUUAGAAUUAAAUAAUUUUCAUACAAUAACAUCUUUAUUUCAAUAUUAUACAGGUUUAGAUUUAUUACGAUUAAAUAUUAAUGAUAUUUUAAAAAUUUGUGGUGAUUGUAUCGGUUUAAGAUUAUAUAAUCAAUUAAAACAAACUAUUAUUCAACCAAUGAAAACUUUCUAUAUUAGACAGAUAAAUGAAGAUUAUUAUCAUUGUAUUUAUUUACAUACAUUAACUCGAAAAGAAUUAUUACAAAAAAUAAUUGAACAAUUUCGAAUAAAUAAAAUUUCUUCUAUUUAUUACUGUCAACUUUAUAUUGAACAACAACAACAAAAAUUAAAAAUAAAACUUGAUGAUGAUGUAAUUAAAUAUUCGAUUAAUAAUCAAAUGAGAUUUGUGUUACGUUCAAAUCAAAAUGAACAAAAUUUUAUACAUGAAAUUGUACUCAUUGACGAUUUUUUUUCACUGAAAAAUGUAAUUGAUGAUGGUUCGGAUGUGGCAAUUAUCGGUGGAGGUUUUCUUGGCUCAGAAUUAGCGUGUGCUCUUGCUCAUAGAGCAAAUAAAAAAAAAGACUCAGCCAAAGUUGCAAAAGUAAUACAAUUAAUACCAGAAGCUGGUAAUAUCGGCAAAGUAUUACCGGAAUAUUUAAGUAAAUGGACAACAGAACGUGUGAGAGAAGAAGGUGCAGAAGUAAUAACAGAAAUUGAAGUAACUGGUGCACAAAUGCAAAAAAAUAAAAUAAAUAUCCAAUAUCUCGAUAGUAGUGAACCGAAAAAGACAAAUAAUGUAAUUGUUUGUGAAGGCUUCAUAAGUGUCGAUCAUAUUGUUGUUGCUGUUGGUAUUGAUCCGAAUACUGAAUUAGCUGCAUCGGGUGGUUUAGAAGUACAUCCUGAGUUGGGCGGUUAUGUUGUUAAUGCUGAAUUACAAGCACGACAUAAUAUUUGGGUAGCCGGCGAUUGUGCAUGUUUUUAUGAUAUUAUAUUGGGUCGACGACGAGUUGAACAUUAUGAUCAUGCGGUUGUCAGUGGAAAAUUGGCAGGAGAAAAUAUGACAGGAGCUAAUAAACCAUAUUGGCAUCAAUCAUGGUUCUGGUCUGAGUUGGGUCCACGAAUUAGUUUUGAAGCCAUUGGUUUAACUGAUUCAUCAUUACAAACAGCAGCUGUUUAUGCCAAAGGUGGAGCAGAUGAAGCACAAAAAGAAGAUGAAAUGGGAAAUCGAGAACAAGCAUCAAAUCAGACUGAAAAUAAAGCGGAUAGUUUUCAAGAUAUAGUGAAAGCAAAUGAAAAGAAAACCUAUGGUGAUGAUUACGGAAAAGGUGUGGUAUUUUAUCUGAAAGAAGGACGAGUAGUAGGCAUUGUACUAUGGAAUGUACAUGAUAGAAUACCAAUUGCUAGAAAGAUAAUUAAAGAUCAAUUACGUGUGACCGAUUAUCAAGAAUUGGCUAAAUUACUUAAUAUUCAUCAGGAAUAG